AUGGCCCAGUCGACCGCCCACCGCCGCCUCCUCCAGGAGUACCGCGCGCUCACCAACAACCCGCCCGAGGGCAUCACGGCCGGCCCCGUCUCCGAGGACGACCUCCUGCACUGGGAAUGCCUCAUCCAAGGCCCCGAGGGCACGCCGUUUGAGGGCGGCGUCUUCCCCGCCGAGCUCAAGUUCCCCAAGGACUACCCGCUGGCGCCGCCGUCGAUGAAGUUCCUCGCCGACGUCUGGCACCCCAACGUGUACCCCAGCGGCCUCGUCUGCAUCUCCAUCCUCCACCCUCCCGGCGACGACCCCAACCACUACGAGCACGCUUCCGAACGCUGGUCGCCCAUCCAGUCCGUCGAGAAGAUCCUCAUCUCCGUCAUGAGCAUGCUGGCCGAGCCCAACGAUGAAAGCCCCGCCAACGUCGAGGCCGCCAAGAUGUGGCGCGAGCGCCGCACCGAGUACGAAAGCAGGGUCCGUGGCGGUGUCCGGAGGAUGCUAGGUCUGUAG